UCGAACGUUAUCUCUAGCCUCUCGUCUCCCUCUUCCAUCCACGUCUCUCCGGCGUCUCCGCUCCAACCCAUCCAAUGGCCUCGUCUCACGCCGACCCGCCGCCCCUCCUCCUCGCCAUACGCCACGUCCCCAUCCCCGGCGCCCCCCGCCCUCGCGCGCUUCCUGCCCCGGACUUCGCCCCUCUCGCGCGCCGCCUCGACGAGCUCGCUUCCGCGGCGGCCGCCCACCCGCUCCUGAAGCCGCUCUUCGACUUCCACCACCACCUCUCCACAUUCUCUCAGUGGGUCUGGCCCGCCCGAUGCGAGGAGCAGAGCAGGAGGCAGCGGAUGGUGGCGAUGCGGCAGGCGGCGUGCCCGAUGGCCGGCGGCGAGGGCUGCUUCGCGGCGGUGCUGGGCGGCUCCGUGGCCGGGAUGGUGGUGUCCAACGGCGUCAACAGCUUCCUCAGCCUCUACAACACCGUGCUCGUCAUCAGGCUCGUGCUCACCUGGUUCCCCAACACCCCGCCCGCCAUCGUCUCGCCCCUCAGCACGAUAUGCGACCCGUACCUGAACAUCUUCCGGGGCAUCAUCCCGCCGCUGGGUGGGACGCUGGACCUGUCCCCCAUCCUCGCGUUCCUGGUCCUCAACGCCCUCACCGGCACCGCCGCCGCGCUCCCGGCAGAGCUCCCCGGCCCGGCUUCGUCCGGCUCGGUUCAGCCUGGUGACCUCACUGCGAAUCAGAGGAAAUGGAUGCGGAGAAUCUGCUCGGGGAAACGGCAAGAAACAGACGGUGCUCAGUAGACUGAAUGUAAUCUUCUUUUUUUCUGGGUCAGAUGCCAUCCUAGAUCACUGCAAUCUAGUACUACUGAAACCGGCCAUCAAACGCAAUUCCGCUGAGGCCUAUGUUUUCUGUUUUCUGAAUGUAUGUAGAGGAAGGGAAGGAACCAAACCGCUUGACUGUAAUGACAUGUUUUUGGUGAAUUUGUGAUGAAUUUCUCACUUCUUGAUUACUUAAGAAAGGAAAUAACAAUGUUUUACGAA